AUGGCUUCAUCCAACACUAUAUCACUUUCAGCUGGUGAUUUUGAAAAUGCCCACUCAAAAUAUGACUGUGAUUUUGUGGAAAGCGCCCCGAUCUCUGCCCAAGGGCUCGAUUUUUCCACGGCAGCAUCGCGACUGUCCAAAUCACACCGUGAUUAUUUGAUGGAGCGUCAUGGCACGUUGGAGCUUGAUCCCCUUCCUACAAUGGACCCUGCGGACCCUUAUAACUGGCCCGAGUGGAAGAAAAUGGCCAAUCUCUUGCUUGUGGCUUUCCAUGCCUGUAUGGGAACCUUCGCUGCCGCUGGAAUUAUCCCAGCUUAUUCCGAUAUCAUGGAGCUCUAUGGUGUCUCCAAUCAGCAAGCGAGUUACCUGACAUCACUCCAAAUCGCGGUAUUAGGUGGUGCGCCACUCUUUUGGAAACCCUUGUCCCACCGCUUUGGUCGUCGUCCUAUAUUUCUUCUAUCCCUCAUCCUCAGUCUGGUUUGCAAUAUAGGAUGUGCGAAAAGCACUACCUAUAGUGCGACCGCGGCCUGUCGAGCGCUUUCCGCAUUUUUCAUCGCCCCUGCUUCUGCCAUCGGUAGUGCCGUGGUGAUGGAGACAACUUUCAAAGUGGACCGUGCUCGGUAUAUGGGAGUGUGGACACUCAUGAUUACAUUGGGUGUUCCUCUUGGACCAUUUAUCUUUGGUUUUGUGGCCUACCGAGCAGGUUAUAACUGGAUAUACUGGGUUCUCGCAAUUAUCAAUGGUGUACAAUUUAUUUUGUAUCUCUUCCUCGGACCGGAAACUCGCUUCAUCGACGGCGAGGAUAGCGCAAAUGGAUCUGUCUUUAAGAGAGAAUAUAUCUAUAUCCGGCGCAUUGACCCUACCCCUUUCACCUGGUAUGAGUUCGUCAAGCCUCUAACCAUGGUCACUCGCCCUUUCAUCGUCAUCCCCACGUGCGCAUACGCCAUGGUCUUCCUUUUCGCCAACAUCAUGACAACCGUCGAGAUUCCCGCUCUCCUUCAAACAAAAUUCGACCUCAACUCGGAACAAGUAGGACUCCAGUUCUUGGGCCUGAUCAUUGGAUCCGUGAUUGGUGAGCAAGUCGGCGGCGGUCUAUCAGACUACUGGAUGAGAAUGCGCACGAGACGAACACUCAGCAAACCAGAGCCUGAGUUCCGUCUAUGGCUCAGCUACUUUGGUUACACACUUGCCUGCAUUGGCAUGAUCGUUUUCUUGGUCUGCACGCAGGAAGCUACCGCUGACCACUGGGUUGUGAACCCUAUCAUUGGCACCGGGAUCGCUGCUGCGGGUUCUCAGAUUGUCACCACUGUUAUGGUCACGUAUGCGGUUGACUGUUGUCCGCAGGAUGCAGCUAGCAUUGGAGUUUUCAUUACUUUCGUUCGACAGAUCUGGGGCUUCCUUGGUCCGUUUUGGUUUACGCCAAUGUUCGACAAUGUUGGAGUGGCUGCCAGUUCGGGUAUCGUUUGUGGGAUGAUCGUUGCUGUCAGCAUCCUCCCGACUAUGUUCUUACAAAUGCGCGGUCGUAUCUGGCGACGAAAGGAGGAGGAGAUGGUUUCUGAAUAA